CAGUCUUAUACAAGACGCGCUUUAUAAAAACCAUAAAAAAUAUAAAGAAAUACGCGAUAUAAGUAAAACGGAUAUUAGCCAUAAAAAUGCUUAUUACAUUUCAAACAUUAACGAAGUUGUUGACGAGAUGAUAAGGUAUGAAAUUGUAAUAAAAGACGAAAAUGACCAGAAUGAUAACAACACGUUGAGUGGAAGACAGGACUUUGUUAACUUAGCAAGAAGAUUUAAUCUAAAUGUCAAAACAAUUGCUGCAAUUGUUCUUAGGUUACCUAGCACAAAGAAAGUUAGCAAAGAUGAAGCGCGGCGUAUCUUCGAGGGCAAUAGCACGGGUAUCAAGCGGUACCCGUUCAUAGUGAGCGUGCGCGUGGCGGGGCGCUUCGUGUGCGCCGGCUCGCUGGUUCACGAGAGCUUGGCGCUCAGCGCGGCCUCCUGUCUCAUGCGUCCUUCAGAUUUAAAUGCACACGUCCAAAUCCGAGUGGCCAGCGACUUCGUCAGCAAAAUGGGCUACCUCAUAAACAUAGACGAGCUCAUAUUCCAUCCUCAGUUCGACCGGAAAACUCUGGCUAACAACUUAGUGCUUCUACGGACGAAGAAAGCCCUGCGGUUCCGACAACAGCCCGUGGCAGCCAUCCAGUACGACAUGGCGGCAGAAAGCGCUCUGAAACCCAGCGUCAAAAACGUCGUCAUACUGGGCUGGGGUCGAAGAAAGACAGAUGAAGCAGACCUGCGUGAAGAAGACAGACCGCUUUCGGAAGCCAAAGUCGAACUUUACGACUUUAACGCCUGCCAGUAUAUCUACACAAAAGAUUUCGUUACUGAUAAGGCCUUCUGCGCUGGGUCCGUCGACCGAGGCGCGGGAGCAUGCAACCACGAUGCCGGCGGACCGGCAUUAGUGGACAACGUAUUGGUCGGAGUCAUCAGCUUCGGCUCCCCACACUGCGGCGCCGCAGAAGCACCCACAGUCUUCACUCGCCUCAGUCCUUACGACGAGUGGAUCGAAAGCGUGUUCCAGAAGCUUGCCCAGAAUUUAGAAAUCACAUCCCAGGCAAAUGAACUGAAGGACUAUACUGAAAACCAUGAAAUUCCAGACAUAGACGAAGCUAUGAAGGAUGUAUACCGAGAGCACUACAACGUCAAUGACGUACUUUACGGGCCGAUAGAAACGUUAGACGAAAACGAAAACCCUAUAGUAAUUAAGCAAUCAUUCUUGCGAUAUUUCCCCAGCGAUAGAAGCUUGUUCCCUAAUCCAGAAUUUGUGGCAAACUUACCUCAAUCUGAAACUCCGAAACCUAUUACCCCCAAAAUACCAGACGAGUACUGGAGAGAUGUGCCGUCAAACGAACAGACGGAUCCGACACCCGAGAAUUAUGCACCAGAAGAUCAGUUUGAUACAACAACAAUGGCUACAAUGACAACAAAUAUAGCAUAUGGCUCACAAGGCAUUUACGAAGACAUCGACGGGUCUACAAAUGAGCAUACCGCAACAGAAACAAGUCUAAGUGAAAAUCACUUUGACAAUACACUUAAUGACAUCAAAACAAACCCUGAAGAAAUCUGUGCUAUUUAAUACAUUUCAUGCAAAAAAGGUCAUAAGAAAAGAUCGAAAGCUUCUAAUAUGCUACGCGAAAAUCCAAAAGAUUUCGAAGGUUUUAGAGACGAAAUUGAACUAGAGCAACCAACAAAAUCCAAAAUUGAUAAUGUCGAAGAAGAUAAUAUGGCAGUAAUUAUAAUGUUGGAUUCUGGUACUACUGAGAGAAUUGAACUGCAUAAGGACGAUCCCAUUUACGAAAGAGGAUUUAAAGUAUUAGCAGCUAAAACUCGUCUAGCUCAGGAGCUUGUUUAGACUUUGACCAAGGAUGAUCUUAAAAAUGGUAUA